UUUCCUUCCUCCUUCCUUUCCUCCUUCUUUCCUUCCUUUCUUUUUCCCCUUUUUUUGCAACUUAAUUGUGCAGUUUGAGUUGUGAAUUUUGUAGGUGACAAAGUCAUGCUGAAAUGUUAAAGGCAGGAUGUGCCUGGAACCUCAGUGAGUAAAGGGCCAGUGACUAAACUCCUCCUCCUGCAUCCAUGAGAGAUGGGCUUUCAGAUGGGUUGUCUAUCUCUAAGGAGACCCUUUCCCCUUAAGAUUAUAAAGGUUUUGUUUUGUCCAGGUACAAAGCAGCUUCCUGGAAUAUGUCUGUUAACUAUGUCUGUUAACAGACGUCCUGCUUUUAAAGAAAGAAAGACAAUGUCACACAUUUUAGUGACACCAUCAAGGCACUCAGAUUUUAUCAAAAUAGAGAGAUUUUGAAGGUUGAGAAAAAAACUAGAAGUAGAACAUCACCAAGAAAUUCCUUACUGGCCGGGGUCUGCUGGGAUUUGGUUACCUUUUAAGUGUAGUCUGGGCACCAGUGAUGGCCACAGUCAUGCCUUUAGGAAGCCAGUUUUCUCCAGGUAACCAUCUGGCAUUCUUGGGUUUGAUAUACCACCCUUGAAAGGCAAAUACAAAGUAACAGGAAGAGCCAUACAUGAGUUAGGGGUGAUGGUGCAUACCCAGUGACUCUAGAAGCUGAGGUAAGCUGAGCCUGGGAAUUCAGGAGUUUGUGACAAGCCUGGGCAACAAGUGAGGCUGUGUCUUAGGAACAACAGCUAUGACAAAUUAUACACUAAAACAAGCUUUUAGUUAUGGGAAAUUUCAAAAAGCAGUGAGAAUAGCAAAAUAAAUCAUAGCCAUCAUCUUUAGUUAGCUACAAUGUACUAACAGUGUCUUCAUAGCCCAGCACUUCACGGAUGUGAGGCGGAGGCGUCUUGCUGGACAUCACGAUCAUCACGAGAGAAGAGGCUCACAGCUCUGUACCUCCUCUCCACUCUGUUCCUCUUUUCUCAACCCACCUCCCUCAGGUUUUUUUUUUUUUUUUGAGACAGGCACUUGUGAUGUAGCACAGGCUGAUCUCAAACCCCCGAUCCUCCUGCCUCUGCCUCAGAGGGUGGAGAGUUGGGAUGGCAUAUAUGCUACCACACUGGUGGUGCCUUCCUUCCUCUGUUACGGUCGUCCCUGUCUGAAGCUUGUCCAGAACUCCCAGUGUCACAGAACUUGCUGGUGUGUCUGGAAUUUGCUGAAGCCUGCGGGGUCUAAUAAUCCCCUCCAAAAAAUCAAGUGUCACCCUGACAGCUCCCCUUCUCCAUCCCACCCUCUGGGGGUUCUCCAGUACUGUGGUGAGUGGGAGGGGUCAUGAAGUUGCCAGAUUUCUUCAUGAUUUGAAAAAUAACACCAUGGCAGAGGAAAGCAUGAAGCAAGAGUUCAACUCUUGACAGGGGUUUGGUUUGUGGUUUGAUUACUGGAACAACCAGUAAUGCAGCUCCUUGGCCUUAGCAUUUCAUUCUCUUUCUUUACUAGCUGCUUAAUGAAAGUGUGUGUGUGUGUGUGUGUGUGUGUGUGUGUGUGUGUGUGUGUGUGUGUAUACAUCUGUGUGGUAUGUGCACACAUGCGCAUACACACACAAGGAAACCACAUGUACAAAGAGACCACCUCUACACUCCUUCUUGCCACCUUUCUGCAGAGCCCUGGGAGCUAUUGUCACGCUCCUGCUGUGGGGACAGCUUUUAGCUGUGGACUUGGGCAAUGACGCCAUGGAUAUGACUGGUGAGUCUCUGGGUUUUCCCAGGAACUAUGCACCCCGGCUGUGCCCCAGUCUGGCCCUAUCAAAGCUGCACUGUGUUAGGGAAGACCUGGUUCCUCUUCCUGUUCUCUUCUUCCCCAUAUCUGUGGGGCCUCCCUUCCUCAGCUUCCACUCGGGGGUGGAGGGAGUCUGGUGUGCAAGGCAGCUCCUCUUGGCUGACUUUUCCUAGGGAGCCACCUGAAUAUCCAUGGCAUUUACUGGCUUCUUUUUGCUUGGCAGAUGACAGCUGCCCAAAGCCCCCGGAGAUCACAAAUGGCUACGUGGAGCACUUGGUUCGCUAUCGCUGCCGCCCACACUACAGACUGCGGACUGAAGGAGAUGGAGUGUACGCCUUAAACAGCGAGAAGCAGUGGGUGAACGCAGCUGCCGGAGAGAGACUCCCCGAAUGUGUGGCAGAGUGUGGGAAGCCGAAGCAUCCUGUGGACCAGGUGCAGCGUAUCAUAGGUGGUUCUCUGGAUGCCAAAGGCAGCUUUCCUUGGCAGGCCAAGAUGGUCUCCCGCCAUGAACUCACCACAGGGGCCACACUGAUCAGUGACCAGUGGCUGCUGACCACGGCCAAAAACCUCUUCCUGAAUCACAGUGAGAACGCGACAGCCAAGGACAUUGCCCCUACCUUAAAGCUCUACGUGGGGAGACAGCAGCAGGUGGAGAUUGAGAAGGUAGUUGUCCACCCCAACCGCUCUGUGGUGGACAUUGGGCUAAUCAAGCUCAAACAGAAGGUGCUUGUCAAUGAGAGAGUGAUGCCUAUCUGCCUGCCGUCCACGGACUAUGUAGCCACGGGCCGCAUGGGCUAUGUGUCUGGCUGGGGGCGGAACGCCAACUUUAGAUUUACUGAUCGUCUCAAGUACGUCAUGCUGCCGGUGGCUGACCAGGACAGCUGUGUGCAGCACUAUGAGGGCAGCACAGUGCUCGAGAAGAAGGUCCCCAAGAGUCCUGUUGGGGUACAGCCCAUCUUGAAUGAACAUACCUUCUGUGCUGGCAUGACCAAGUUCCAGGAAGACACCUGCUAUGGUGAUGCUGGCAGUGCCUUUGCCAUUCACGACCUGGAGCAGGACAUCUGGUAUGCAGCCGGGAUCCUGAGCUUCGAUAAGAGCUGUUCUGUAGCUGAGUAUGGGGUGUACGUCAAGGUGAACUUCAUCCUGGACUGGAUUCAGGAAACCAUGGCCAGUGAAUAAUGCAGGGCUGACGGGAAGGCUAUGCUCAGACAGACAGGCUGAGAGCAUGUCACCAUGGACGAGGGGGCGGUGUAGGGACAGGACAUAAUCUGAGGGGUGCUAGCCCUGCACUGCUCAGUCAAUAAUAAAGAACUUGCGUAUGACC